AUGCGCUGCCUGGGAAUACUGAUACUGAUUGGGGCGUCCAUAUCCCUGGCGAUGGCCUCCUUAAUGCCCAUAGCCAAGCAUCCGCAACUGAAUGGAUACGAGAUGCACCUGAAAGUGUUGCUGCAGAAAAUCCUGUGGGCUGCCAAUGUGAAGCGAUGCUUUGGCGUCAUCACGGAUGAGCAGCAUUAUCCCAUAUACGAUCGGGUGUUCUUCGAAUCGGUGGGUCGCCAAGUGAUACCCUUCUUUGUGAUGCGCACCAAUGCCAGUGAGGAUCUGCAGCGACCUGCCAAACAAGUUGAGCUCUUCAUAAAGGCCAUCAAGUCCAGUGAUUGUGAGCUGAAUGUGAUCACCAUCCUGAAUGGCUGGCAGGUGCAGCGAUUUCUUGGCUAUAUAUACGACAGCAGAGCGUUGAAUAUGCAGAAAAAGUUUGUUUUAUUACACGAUUCGCGGCUUUUCGAGAGCGACAUGAUUCACCUGUGGAGCGCUUGCAUCGGUGCCAUUUUCCUCAAAAGGCAGUUGGACAACAAGUAUACCAUUUCCACCAUAGCCUUUCCGGGCAUUUUGAGUGGCGUUUUGGUGAUGAAGAAGAUUGCUGAUUGGGAAUUGGGCAAGGGUGUGAAUGGAAGGAUUUUAUUUGCCGACAAAACGAGUAACUUAUACGGAGCCUCGAUGCCCGUGGCCAUUUCGGAGCACGUGCCCAUGGUUCUGUGGGCGAAUGCGACCCAGAGCUUCCAAGGCGUUGAGGUCGAGAUUAUGAAUGCCCUGGGCAAGGCCCUGAACUUCAAGCCCCUCUACUACAAGCCCAAUCAAAGCGAGACUGUGAACUGGGAGCUGGAUGGUGCUGCCUAUGGAGGUGGUAAUCCAGAACAGAAUGGCACACACAUCGAUUCGAUGCUGGUGGAUGAGGUGGCUGACCACAGUGCCCGCUUUGCCAUUGGGGACUUGCAUCAGUUUCAGGUGUAUCUGCAAUUGGUGGAGCUCAGUGCGCCGCACAAUUUCGAGUGCCUGACCUUUCUCACACCCGAAUCCUCGACGGACAACUCCUGGCAGACCUUCAUCCUGCCCUUCAGCGCCGGCAUGUGGGCGGGUGUCCUACUCUCCCUCUUCGUGGUGGGCACUGUUUUCUAUGCCAUCAGUUUCCUGAACGCCCUUAUCAAUGGCAAUGUGUCCGCCGAGUUCUUUCGCUGCCUGCGUCGAAAUCGCACAGUUCCCAUGGAUCCACAGAUCUAUCGUCGCGUUAGUUUCCGCAUCGCCAUCAGUCGCUAUCGUCCAUCCAAAGGGGAUCGCAUACCCCGUGAUCUCUUUGAUGGCUAUGCCAACUGCAUCCUGCUCACCUACAGCAUGUUGCUGUAUGUGGCUCUGCCGCGAAUGCCUCGCAAUUGGCCACUGAGGGUGCUCACUGGUUGGUACUGGAUCUACUGCAUCCUGCUGGUGGCCACAUACAGGGCCAGCUUCACUGCCAUUUUGGCCAACCCCGCUGCCAGGGUUACUAUAGACACACUGGAGGAGCUGCUGCGAUCCCAUAUACCGCCCUCAGCUGGGGCGAAUGAGAACAGACAGUUCUUUCUGGACGCCGAUGAUGAGAUUGCUCGCAAAGUUGGCGAAAAGAUGAAGGUCAUCGGAUACAGCGAUGAUUUGACCUCUCGCAUUGCCAAGGGUCAGUGUGCGUACUAUGACAACGAGUUCUAUCUGCGAUAUCUACGAGUGACGGAGGAAUCCGGAUCAGCACUACACAUCAUGAAGGAGUGUGUGCUCCAUAUGCCCGUGGUGCUGGCCAUGGAGAAGAACUCGGCGCUGAAGCCACGCGUAGAUGGCUCCAUUCAGCAUCUGGCGGAGGGUGGUCUGAUAUCCAAGUGGCUGAAGGAUGCCACACAACAUCUGCCGGCGGAGGCUUUGGCCCAGCAGGAGGCCCUCAUGAAUAUCCAGAAAUUCUGGAGCUCUUUUGUGGCCCUGUUCAUUGGUUACGUAAUCGCGAUACUAGCGCUGCUCGCCGAAAGAUGGCAUUUCAGGCACACCGUCAUGAAACAUCCCAUGUAUGAUGUGUACAACCCAAGCUUGUAUUAUAAUUUCAAAAGAAUAUAUCCACAGCAUUGA